GGGUUACGUCUCUGGGGUGCAAGGAUUGAGACGGCAGCGAAGAGAUGUCAUCCUUGUGGAGGUGGUGGCGAUGGAGGGCGGCAGAGAGGGUGGACGUGCGCUGUUGACACCCCUUGAGCGGGCAGCCGUGGCGGCGGCCGUGUCUACUGUUAUUCUUUGUUGUCAGCAGGAGAGGGCCCUGGGACGAAUGAAGGAGCAGUUGCGUGCAAGUAGAAGAAGGACGCUGAUGCAAGCUGCGGAUGAUGGCCCCGACCACGUGGCAACUUUGGCGGCUGUCAUCGAGCUGUGCUACACGUUGGGCUGCGGAGUCAUUCCACGAGCAACACUGAGGUGGUGGAUCAAACGCAGGACGGGGGGGACAUGGGAAGACCUUCGACAAUGCGACGAUGCCACCAACGAGAAGCAGCACAGCGCCGAGGAGCAGCAGAGGGACCACCAGAAGCAGCACAGCGAUGAGGAGCAGAAGAGGGAGCAUGUGGUACAGGUCGGCCGUGAACUGCAUGGUGGAGAGGGCAGCAAUGAGCACACGAGGGCGGAGAAGGCAAGAGUCUUAUCGGAUGCGCAGCAUGUGACGACAUGCAUGGGAAUACGACGCUUGUGAAGAAACCUCUUCUGUGGAUGGACUGAAGGCGCCGCCGGGAAAAAAAAAAUUCCUACCGUUGAUGCCGGCCGAAAACGA